UUGUUUUCCGCAAUCGCUAUCGCGUGUUCUGUUGACCUCUCGCCGCGCUGCGGAGCCCUGCAACCGAGAGAUGGGGAGCUCCUGCGACUCCCGCCUCGAAUUUGGGAAAAUGGAGCACGGGUGUAAGCACUACAGGAGGAGAUGCAAAAUCCGAGCACCAUGCUGCAAUGAGAUUUUCCAUUGCCGUCACUGCCACAACGAGUCCACGAGUAAUCGCCAUGAGCUCUGUCGUCAUGAUGUCAAGAGCGUAAUCUGUUUGAUUUGCGAUUGCGAACAGCCGGUGGCUAAAGUGUGCGCCAACUGUGGCGUGAAUAUGGGGGAAUAUUUUUGUGAGGUUUGCAAAUUUUAUGAUGACGACACUAAUAAGGGACAGUAUCAUUGCGACGAGUGUGGUAUAUGCAGAGUCGGGGGCCGAGAAAAUUUCUUCCACUGCCAAAAGUGUGGUUCCUGUUAUUCAAUUGCAUUGCUUGAUAAACAUUUGUGUAUAGAGAACUCCAUGAGGCACCAUUGCCCUAUUUGCUAUGAGUAUCUUUUUGACUCACUUCAAGAAACCAGUGUUUUGAAAUGUGGACACACAAUACAUAAAGGAUGUUUCCAAGAAAUGCUAAACCAUUCUCAAUACGCUUGUCCAAUAUGCUCAAAGUCGGUAUGUGAUAUGUCAAGUCACUGGAGAAAAUUGGAUGAAGAGAUUGAAGCAACAGUGAUGCCAUCAGAUUAUCGGUACAAGGUUUGGAUCCUUUGCAAUGACUGCAAUGAAAUGAGUGAAGUAUUCUUCCAUAUCAUAGGCCAUAAGUGCAGCAGCUGUCAAUCAUACAACACCAGAACCAUUGCACCACCUCAUUCAGAUCCUUAAUAACAUUAAUCAUCCCAUUAUAAAGACAUUUCAUAAUUCUAUUUGAAAACCUAACAUUCUUGCCAAGGUGCUGAAUACUUCUAUCACAUUGGCCGCUAUUGUUUUGCCCUCUACCUGCUCCAAUUGUUUGGUGGAACACUCUUUUAUUUUGCUCAGCUCUGCAUUUAUAUACAAGGGCAUUAUUUCUGUACAGUGGAUAUUCAACUUGAUGACAUUAUGUGAAACUAAAUAUUUUUGGACCUUUGGUUGGAAACAUUAAUGUGCCUCUUGGGUGUAGGUGG